AUGCUGUCGUUCAGUUUGUGGAAUUCUCACACCUUCACAUUUGAUCCAGAUGGCCCAUUCCCCGCUUUGUAUCGUUUGCUCACGGUUCGAUCGCCUUCCAUCCAUACGCUAGAUUUGACUGAAUACGCUGGAAAGUUCAUUCUCAUCACCGGUGCUACCCAGGGUUGUGGGCUUGAGUGUGCGAGGGCUCUUGGCCGAGUAGGAUGUCACUUGAUCCUGACAGCCAGGGACCUACAGCGGGGUGAGAAUAUCAAGCAGCAGAUUGAGACAGAGGCCAAGGAUCUGAAUGUUGCCACUGUGGUCGAUAUCAUAGAGCUCGAUUUGAAAUCUUUGAAAUCGGUGAAUGCUCUACCACGGCGGCUCGAGAAAAUAAUCUCACAUCUAGACAUUGCGAUUCUGAACGCAGGCGCAUAUCAAACUAAAUUCCAUAUUUGCCAAGAAACUGGAUGGGAAGAGAUAUUUCAGGUCAACUUUCUGGCAAACUGUAAUCUUAUGAUGCUGCUACGCCCGUUUUUGGCUCGGGCGACCCGUGGGCGAGUAAUUGCCGUGUCCUCGGAGGCUCAUGCUUGGGCCGAUCCGUCCCAUGCUUCUACCAAAAUGCUCGCCAAUCAGCUCAGCAAAUCUAACUCAACAUCAUAUCCUUGCUAUCAAAGAUAUCAUAUCAGCAAACUACUUCUCAAUCUCUGGGUCCGAGAUAUAUCGAGCCGAGAAGAAUGGAACAGUAUUUCGGUGGCAACGGUAUCGCCUGGCUUUUCACGAACGGCGCUUUUUCGUGAUUUCAAUAACUUCCGGUUAGCCAGGCUACUUGAGAAAAUUGUCUGCCGAACCAGUGAGCAGGGAGCUAGUCAGUAUAUAUUUGCAUUGUGGGGCCUGGAAGCUGGCAAUGGAAAUGGAGGCUUUUGGUCGGAUGGAAAUUUGCAGAAUCCAUCGAUGAUUGUGCGUUCUCAGAUUAGCUGGGAAUUGCAAUCGACAAUAUAUGCCGAUGUCAUGGAAAUUUUGCAUGCGACUGAUGCGAAGAGCCAAGGCGGAGGCAACACCGCCGUCUCAUAA